AUGGGCUCGAUAGCCGAUUUUUCCGGCAAAUUUUUAGUGUUAACAUUUGUUUCUACACCGAUCGGACGUCGUCUACCAACAUCAUCACACCGACCAGACGCCGUCUACCAACAUCAGCACGCCACAAGCAGAAAAUUGCGAAUUCAAAAAGGGAGCAUGAACACUGGGACAAGUGCCUGGCCAUCGACAAGUUCGGCAGCAACCAGUUCGGCGCAGCAACCUGGCCACCCUGACAUGGCUCAGAAGGUAUCCGAAAUCUUUAUGAAAGCUGGUGAGGCAUUUCAAGAGCUUGGCUCGCUUGUCGCUGUUUUACAGUCCAAAGAUGAUAAUGAAAGGUUGGUAUCCGAAAUCUUUAUGAAAGCUGGUGAGGCAUUUCAAGAGCUUGGCUCGCUUGUCGCUGUUUUACAGUCCAAAGAUGAUAAUGAAAGACACCUUAUGAGAAAUGGUAAAACACGAAGAUCAAGUGCUCAGCCUGCUGCAUCUUCAUUACAACAACGGAUUGCUGAAAGUGGACUCAGUAGGCCAGCACCAGUGAAGCGUACAGCAAACGUACCGCAAACUUAUGGUGGUGGUAUAAGCGCAAAGCGACGCUUUGUGUCAGGCACAAGCAACAACGAUCAGACAGUAGCUGGUACAUUACUGUGCCCAAAUGGGGCCACCCCAUACACUGGUUUGGAUUCGUUGAUGCAGGAUUGCAGCGAGCAGGCCACAUUCACUGUUAUGGAUAGUGGUCGAGUAUAA